UAUGGUGGUGGUAUACGAUGCAUAAAUUAUUGUGACAAAAGGAAAUUUAUGUAAAUAUUGUUUCUGAUAUUGAAAGUAAAUACUGUUUUUAGUAUGCCAUUUCAGGUGACAAGAGAUCCAGUUGAGCGUUCAUGUUGUGUACCAGUGUGUAAAAAUCAAAAAUGCAGUCUGUCGCACAGAUUUCCUAUUAAAGAACAGAAAUGCAAUGAAUGGUUAGCGGCCCUGGAAAUACCCAAGUUAUAUGAGAUUCCAAAGGAAAAAUUAUGUCGUUCAUAUUUUGUAUGUACAAGACACUUUCGUUACGAAGACUACAAACAUCCAACUAGUCGUCAUUUGAAUACAACUGCAGUUCCCAGCAUAAAUAUAAAAGAUUUAAGUCAACUAAAUCUCGUGGAAUCUAGGUGGAAAUCGGAUAAUAAAAUUAAAAAGAAUAGACAAAACAUAAUUUGUCAAGCUCAGUCUGAUAAUGUUCAAGACGCCGCGGUCAUAGAUUUAGUUUCAGAAUAUGAUGUUCAAGAACCAGAUGCUGCUGAUGCAACAAUUUAUGUAGAAAUUGACCAAGAGAACGAGAUAGCAGAAAACUGUUCUAUUCUAAAUUCAGGUUUAAAAAGAGUUUCACCUUUCCCUUUAGAGAAUCAGGACACAUUGCACAUUGAAAAUAAAAAAAGCAAAACAAACAAAGAACAUGAGGAACAUGAUAGCUUUACAUGCAGAGGUGGUGAAAAUCAAUUGCUUGAGCUUGAGGAAAAUGAAGAAACAGAUGUUAAGGAUGUUAGCUCUAUAUUAACAAUAAAUCAUCCUAAUUAUGAAGAAGAAAUUGACAUAAAUUUAUUUUGGCUGCGAGAUCACUGCAAAUGCAAUUUGUGUUAUAAUCAUGAGAUGUAUCAAAGGAAAACAAAUAUUUUGGAUAUUCCACUAGAUAUAAGUGUUCUGCAGACUGGAAUCAAAGACGAAAAAUUAAUUAUUAAAUGGGAAGAUGAACAUGAAUCAGAAUACGAUUUAGAUUUUCUAUAUAAAAAUCAAUUUAAAAAGCAACCUUUAUUAAAGUUUACUGAAUAUUUUUUGUGGGAUAAAACAAAUAUCACUAAUGAUGGCAGUAAUAAAUUUAUAGAAGUAGACUUUGGUCAUUUUCUUAGUAACGAAAAACAAGCUGUAGCAGUUGUGGAAAGCCUCGUUAAAUUUGGUAUUGCUUUUAUUAAAAAUGUGCCCCCUACAACAGACAUGACAGAACUAUCAAUAAAACGAUUGUUUCCAAUUCAAAAAACAUUAUUCGGUGAAAUGUGGACAUUUACAAGUAAUAAAAAUAGGGCUGAUACAGCUUAUACAACUGAAUAUUUAGGACCCCAUACCGAUAAUACCUAUUUUUCCGAUGCAGCUGGUUUACAAAUAUUUCAUUGCAUUGAAUUUGAAGGCAGUGGCGGCGACUCAAUUUUCGUCGAUGGAUUUAAUGCUAUUGAAAAAUUAGGAAAUGAAGAUCCUGAAGCUUUAAAAAUAUUAUCAACAAUUAAUGUACCUGCAGAGUAUAUCGAUAAAGGCCAACAUCAUAAGUAUUCCGCUCCAAUAAUUCAAUUAGAUCCAAUUACUUUACAACCCAAGCAAAUACGCUUUAAUUUAUAUGAUCGCAGUGAUUUCAAUGAAAUCGAAUUAAGUAAAAUUAAACCGUUUUAUAAGAGCUUAAAAAAAUUAGCACAAAUCGUUAAUGAUGAAAAAAAUAUUCUCACAUAUAAAUUGGAUCCUGGUACUAUUGUGUUAUUCAAUAAUUGGAGAAUUUUACAUGGAAGAAAAGAGUUUUCCGGUUUACGUGUUAUGACUGGUUGCUAUGUUUCUAGAACAGAUUUUAUGAGUAAAGCUAGAACUCUAGGUUUGGUUGCGUAAAAAAAACUUAUGAGAUUUGUUGCGCUAAACAUUGUAAUAUAUGAAAAAUUUUAAUUAUUUUUUUUUGUUUUGGAACGUUAUGUACUUCUGUGUAUUCUUUUUUAAUCUUCUAAAAAAAUGUUACCAUAAUUACACAAAAACCAUAAUUAAAAUAUAAAUUUUUUAUGUAUUUGGAUUAACUUUUAAAACGUAAUUUUUAUUAUCGUAUUUUU